AUGUACAACGAUAUGAAGCGAGUGCUUGAGGGAAAACAACCCACUGGAUCACACGAGGCAAAUUUCCAGUGGUGGGUACGUAACACGUUCAACCUCAAGGUCCUUCCUGGUGGCACAACUUGCAUCGUUCGUAAGGAGGGCAAUAGAAAUGCUGGCAAGUACAUCGCCAUCAAGGAACACCUUUACGACAUGAUUGCAAGUGCACAUGAGCAAACAUGUCAUGGACGAAGAGAUGCCAUGAAGUUCAAGUUCAAGAACUACUUGUAUUGCCCUUCAAGAUUUGUCAAGGAUAUCAAGACUUCGGCACGAGCUAUCCAUGUGGAAUCUUUUCUCUCAAAGCUUCAGAUGGAUCUUGUUGACUUUGGUGGCAAAACGACUCCUACGGGUGAUAUGAGAUACAUCCUCCACGUGAAGGACCACCGGACCAAGUACUCGUGGGCGUAUCCACUUCCAUACAAGUUAGCUAGCGAAGUUUGUAAGAAGUUGCAUGCUCUCUUUUGCGAGGUUGGCCCACCCGAUGAACUUCAGAGCGACAAUGCGGUGAAUUCACUGCAGACCACAUGGUUGACGACAUCCUAA